AUGGCCUCCUCCAAGACCCAGCACACCUUCCUUAGCCUGUCUCCGGUUCACCACAGCCUCACCCGAUUCCCAACCCAAGCGAGCACUUUCCUCGCGCUCUCCCCCGUUCGUCACAACUCUCUGUCCUCGCCGAGUUCGUCGCCGGUUUCGUCGCCGGUUCUCGAGCCCAAGUUCGAGCGCUCCAACAGCGAUGCCAGCGACGCCUCGGUUCAGUUCCUCCCUCUCGGCCACGUCGAGAGCGAGCCCACAGUCGCGCAGUUCCUGCGCCUGGCAUCCGCCUCGGUCGCCUGCGUACACAACUUCGUCAUCUGUGAGAGCGCUAAGCUUCUUAUGUUCUGGCUGGAAGACGAUUGCCGCAACACCCUGUUGUCGUAUCUUCCCAAGAAAGAUUUGGCCAACCUGCGUCUGGUCUGUCAUGAGUUUGGCGUGCAGGCCGCGCCGAAGCUCUUCUCAAGCAUCAACAUCGCUUUCGACUCGAGCACCUUUACAAAAUCAUCCAAGGUCGCUGAACUGGAUCGAAUUGGACGUCAUGUGAAGAAGGUCACCUUCACCCUGCCGCAUUCGAAGAAGACCUUCCUACCGCCGCUGGUUGAUCCGCAAACGGGUGAAGAGGUCAAUUUCACCUAUAACCCCAAAGUUGAGGAAAGGACGUCGACGGCACCAAACUAUGGCGAUGCUUGGACCACGGAUCUUUUGACCAGACAAUACCCUCCACUAUUCCAUGCAGCGACGAAUGUAAACGCGUUCGUGCGCGCUUUCGCGCUCAUGCCCAACAUCAAACAUCUCCGCGUCAAGUGUCCAGGUUACGACACAGCCCACCGCUACAGGCGAAGUGUCAUUGACUAUGCCCUCAUCUCUCUACGAAUCGCCAUUGAACAAAACGACUUCUCCGCACUGCGAUCACUUACUAUUGCCCCGAUUCACCCUGGCGGAUUAAUGUACCUUUCACCGCUGAUAGGCUUCGGCGCCUCCCCGAAAUCCGCAAGCAAGUGGACCCGCAUCCGUAAUCUCACCGUUCACACCCACAUCCUACCUUCGCGCGCUGCCGACCAGGAGCCGAAUCAUCUCAUGCUUCUUCAGACCUACCUUCGUAAUUUCCAAGCUAAUCUACAAACCUUUGACUUCCGCUGGAUCGGAGCCAAAGGACCUCUCCCGACGCGGACGCCAUCCUCGGCAGCUCUCAAUAUCGGUCGUCAUCCUGCCUUUGCACGUACGACGGACGAUAUCCCUUCUGCUGCCAUUGUCGGCAAGGGGCCCAAACCACUUCAUUUCCCACGGCUGGAAUUCGUCGAUCUCGAAAACAUCGCCGCGUCGGCCUCGGACAUCGCCACGUUCUGGUCCAGCCACGAGACCAUCCGAGAUCUGCACUGGGACCACGUCGAAUUGACGUCCGGCACAUGGGACGAUGUCCACCGCAGCCCCAAAAAGGUCCACCGCGGACCCUUCUCGAAGCAGGUAGAAUUCGCCGACAUCCCAAUCAUGCUUGCGCCUUCAAUGGUGGCGGCGGCUACGGCGGCGACCACCACGCCGAGGAAGCCGGGUGAGCCCAUCGAGAUCGUCCAGCGGCAAGCUCCGGGCUGCUUCAGACGCGAAUCCGUCAUGUCGUCCAAGUGGCCGACGGCAAAGGGUCGGCGACCGACCGCAACCCAGAAGAUGCGCGAGGGAUGGCAUGGAUGCGAGGAGCAUUUCAAAAAGGUCUUGAGGGGCAACGUCUUCAACUGGAUUUGA